AUGCAAAAAGAAGCACAUAUUCAUGUUGUUAGUAAAAAUCUUUAUACACAAGAUGCACAACGAAAACCGUGUCAGUUUGGAGUACUUGAUCCAAAAUUGGGUGUUUGCGGUGCUAAUCGUACGUGUGAAACAUGUUUUCAAGAUGUAAAUAAAUGUCUUGGUCAUUUUGGCUAUAUUGAUUUACAACUACCAGUGUUUCAUAUUGGAUUUUUUCGAUCAAUCAUUGUUGUUUUACAAACAAUCUGUAAAAAAUGCUCUCGUGUUAUGUUACAAAAAGAUAUUAAACAAGAAUUUCAACGUUCAUUAUGUCGACCAGUAUUAUCAUAUUUACAAAAAAAAGGUUUAAGAAAGAAAAUUCAUGAAAAAGCAAAGAAAACAACGUUAUGUCCGUCGUGUGGUGAAUUAAAUGGAGCUGUAUUGAAAUGUGCAUUAUUAAAAAUAGCCCAUGAUAAAUAUCGUAGUCAAAAACGUCAAUCUGGUCCGUUAACGAAUAUCAAUGAAGCGUUCCAUUCAGCCAAACAAACGAUGCCUGAUGUAGGAUCACUAAUUAAUUCUUAUACAGAAAUACUCAAUCCUGUUCGGGUUCUAGAAUUAUUUGAGCGUAUACCAACAGAGGAUCUACCACUAUUACUUAUUGAUGAAUCUAUUGUGCAUCCAAGAGAUUUUUUACUAUCGAGAAUAUUAGUACCGCCCAUAUGUAUUCGUCCAACAGUGCAAUCAGAUUUUCGUCAAGGAACCAACGAGGAUGAUCUGACCAUUAAACUGAGUGAAAUUAUAUUUUUGAAUGACGUUAUACAACGAAAUCGUUUAAACGGUGUUAAAAUGGAUAAACUAGUUGAAGAAUGGGAUUUUUUGCAACUGCAGUGUGCGUUGUAUAUAAAUAGCAGUAUAUCUGGAAUACCGGCACAUAUGCAACCAAAAAAAUGGAUUCGAUCAUUUGCACAGCGUCUAAAAGGCAAACAAGGACGUUUUCGUGGUAAUUUAUCGGGAAAACGUGUUGAUUUUAGUGCACGAACAGUCAUAUCGCCAGAUCCAAAUCUCCGCAUUGAUGAGGUCGCCGUUCCUAUUCACGUAGCAAAAAUCAUGUCCUAUCCGGAAAUUGUAAAUAAAAUAAAUUUAGAAUUUAUUCGUCAGCUUGUACGCAAUGGACCAGAUGUACAUCCCGGUGCCAAUUUUGUGAUUCAAAAAGCGAAUGAACAUAAAAGGUUUUUAAAAUACGGUGAUAGAAAUGAAAUAGCUCAAAAACUGCGUGUGGGUGAUAUUGUUGAGAGACAUUUGAUUGACGGUGAUGUCGUCUUGUUUAAUCGUCAACCAUCGUUACAUCGUUUGAGUAUCAUGGCAUUGUUUGCUCGAGUUAUGCCACAUCGAACAUUUCGUUUCAAUGAAUGUAUUUGCUCACCUUUUAAUGCUGAUUUUGAUGGAGAUGAAAUGAAUUUACAUUUACCUCAAACAGAAGAAGCAAAAGCUGAAGCUCUAAUAUUAAUGGGGACAAAAUCAAAUCUUGUCACUCCACGUAAUGGCGAAAUGAUUAUAGGAGCAACCCAAGAUUUUCUAACUGGUGCUUAUCUUCUAACACAAAGGGAUGUAUUCUUCGACCGAUCAAAAGCAUGUCAGUUAUUAGUAUGGAUUCUCACAAAUAAAGAUGAAUAUGAAAAAAUUCGCUUGCCACCGCCAACUAUUUUCAAACCAUGUCAGCUGUGGACGGGUAAACAAUUAUUUAAUCUCGUUCUGAAAUUGAAUAAUAAUUGUAAGGAUGUAAUAAAUUUACGUGCGAAAGGAAAAGCUUAUUGUGGUAAAACCGAAGAUCUUUGCCCAAAUGAUGGAUUUAUAAUCAUACGGAACAGUAAACUUCUGCUUGGGUGCGUUGAUAAAAGUGUAUUAGGCGCAAAUGGAAAAACAAAUGUAUUCUAUAUGUUAUUACGUGAUUGUUCUGAAGCGGCAGCAGCGACGGCCAUGGCACGCUUGGCACGUUUAACAAGUUAUUAUUUGAUGAAUCGUGGCUUUUCCAUUGGUUUGAUUGAUGUAACACCGGGUGAGAAAUUAAUGACAGAAAAACGCGAUCUUGUUACCGAAGGUUAUACAAAAUGUAGUUCAUAUAUUCGACAAAAACAAGAAGGAAAAUUACAAUGUCAACCGGGGUUCUCACCAGAAGAAACGCUUGAGGCAUUGAUUCUAAAAGAAUUAUCAAAUGUGCGUGAAUUAGCUGGUAAUUUGUGCUUAAAUGAACUACAACGCACCAGUAACAGUCCGUUGAUUAUGGCUAUUAGUGGCUCAAAAGGGUCGUUUAUUAAUAUAUCUCAAAUGGUUGCUUGUGUUGGACAACAAGCAAUUAGUGGUUCGCGUAUUCCCAAUGGUUUUGAAGAUCGAUCAUUGCCGCAUUUUGAGAAACAUUCAAAGAUUCCGGCAGCAAAAGGUUUUGUUGAAAAUAGUUUUUAUUCUGGAUUAAGUCCAACCGAAUUUUUUUUCCAUACGAUGGGUGGACGAGAAGGUCUUGUUGAUACUGCCGUCAAAACAGCCGAAACCGGAUACAUGCAACGGCGUCUUGUUAAAUGUUUAGAAGAUCUUUGCUGUCAAUAUGAUAUGACAAUUCGUACAAGCACCAAUGAUAUUGUUCAAUUCUCUUAUGGUGGGGAUUCAUUAGAUCCAAUCUAUUUAGAAGGCAAAGAUCAACCAGUUGAUUAUGAUCGAAUUUACAAUCAUGUACGUUCAAAAUAUCGUUAUGAUAGUGAGAUGCCAUUAAAUGGCGAUGAGAUGAAAGAAUACGUUAAUCAACAAUUGGUCACCAAUGAUUAUCAUUUCAUUAAACAAGAGUAUAAAGAUCAAAUAGUUGAUUUUAUUCAAGAUGUAUCAUUCAAAGUUAAUCAACAUAGAGAAAAAUUUCACUUAACAAACGAUGAUAAAGACGAAGAAGAUGAACGUGGACGACAAAUAUCAUCCAAAAAGAAAAAACGUCGAUUAGCCGCUGUCUUAUUUGAAAUUGAACGUUGUACAAAAUCACAACUCCAUCAAUUUCUACAAUUAUGUAAAGAUAAAUAUGCACGAUCAAUUUUGGAACCGGGAACAGCUGUUGGUGCUCUGUGUGCUCAAAGUAUUGGAGAACCAGCUACUCAGAUGACGUUAAAAACAUUUCAUUUUGCUGGUGUUGCUUCGAUGAAUAUUACACUUGGUGUACCACGUAUUAAAGAAAUCAUAAAUGCUGUACGUAUUCCAAGUACACCAUUGAUUACGGCUUCAUUAAUUGAAGAACACGAUCAAGAUUCGGCAAGAAGAGUAAAAGGACGAGUUGAAAAAACAUUUUUAGGUCAAAUAUCACAGUAUAUCGAUGAAGUUUAUUUACAAGAUGAUUGUUAUUUAUUGAUUAAAUUAGAUUUAGAACGUAUACGUUUAUUAAAAUUAGAAAUAACAGCCAUGUCAGUUAUCGAUGCGAUUGUUCGUGAAAAAAAAUUUAAAAAAAUAAAAUAUAAUCAGUUGGCAUUCAUCGAUUCAGCUACAAUUACAUUAAAUGUUCCUGAUACUUUAAAAACAAAUUUAUAUUAUACAAUUAAACGUUAUAAAGAAAUAUUGCCAAAAGUUGUUGUCAAGGGUAUAUCAUCGGUUGAUCGUGCUGUUAUCAGUGUUGAAGAAAAAGAAGGUCAUAAAUACAAAUUAUUCGUGGAAGGAGAAGGUUUAAGAGAUGUUAUGGGAAUAAUGGGUGUUAAUGGAAAUAAGACAACAUCAAAUAACACAAUGGAAGUCUAUCGAUGUCUCGGUAUUGAAGCAGCACGAACAACAAUUAUCAAUGAAAUUGUGUAUACAAUGGCUAGUCAUGGAAUUGGUCUUGAUAUCAGACAUGUUAUGUUGUUGGCUGAUUUGAUGACUUAUAAGGGUGAAGUACUUGGUAUGACAAGAAAUGGUCUGGCAAAAAUGAAAGAAAGUGUACUAAUGUUGGCAUCAUUUGAGCGUACAAUUGAUCAUUUAUAUGAUGCUGCCUAUCAUGGACAAAAAGAUACAAUAUCCGGUGUUAGUGAAUGUAUUAUUAUGGGUAUUCCGAUUCGUAUUGGUACUGGUGUGUUUCAAUUAUUGUAUAAACAUCCGAAUCGUGGUACGAUUACAGGACGUAAUCUUAUGUUUGACAAUAUUGAUAUGCAUCAGCCGCUAAUAACAUCAACAUCAUGA